UUGACCGAGUUUCCGGAGUGCGGGAAGAGGGGGGAGACUGUGGACGGGGGACGGAAAAGAGCUCAGUGGGGGCCAAUGCAGCAGCAGCAUCGACAGCCUGAGCUGGUGGAAGGAAACCUUCCCGUGUUCGUGUUCCCCACUGAGCUAGUCUUCUACGCUGAUGAGCAGACAUCUCACAAGCAAGUGCUCACCCUAUACAACCCCUAUGAGUUUGCUCUCAAGUUCAAAGUGCUGUGUACAGCGCCCAACAAGUACACUGUUGUGGAUGCCACCGGAGCAGUCAAGCCACAGUGCUGUGUUGACAUCGUAAUUCGACUCAGAGACGUGCGACCAUGCCACUACGGGGUAUACGACAAGUUCCGCCUGCAGGUGUCGGAGCAAAGUCAACGCAAAGCUCUGGGUCGCAAAGAGGUGACUGCCACGCUCCGUCCGUCGGCCGCGCAAGAGUCCGGCGGACUCCGAUCGCAAGAUGAUGAGCGCAGGGCAAAAGAACAGCUGGCGGACAGCGAGUUUUUUGAACAGACUGUGUUUCAAACAGAGAGCCGUCCUGUCGCUGGAGGCCCCAGUCUGUUGACGGUGCUACUGGGCCUGGUGUGCGUGGCCGCCCUCAUGCUCCCAACCUCGGGGGAGCAAGAAUCCACUGUGCCUGUCUACCUCCACUUAAGUGUUAACAAAAAACUCGUAGCCGCUUACGUUCUCGGACUUCUCACAAUGGUCAUCCUACGCACAUGA